AUGACUGGAAAUUCGAUCCAGGGGGGAAGCGCAACUGUUCAGGAGAGACAAAGCUCGGAGGAUGGACGGAAAGCAAGACAAGAUCCACUCCGUCACAGUCGGCUGCUUCUUCAACAUUUUCAACGGAAGUUUGCAUCCAUUGCUGUUCCUUUUGGGAUCAGCAGUAUUGAUGAAAUUGGAGUGCGAACAAAGGCUCGAACGUUGGCGAGGCCCUUUAUGCCGUUGAAGCCCGACAAAUUCGCCAUUCGAUUCUACGCAGUAGUCGGCUGGGAAUCCCUCUACGUACACUCGUUUUGGGAUAAUGGGUCCGGCAAUACGAUGCCAACGACAGCGGCUCAAAGAUACACUCAUCUGUUUCCCAGCCUGCGACAUCCUCUACACGUUACCCUCAACCGACCCGACAUACCUGUUGACCCCAAAGCUGCCGCGGCGCUGUGGGUAGCAAUGAUCGCGCACCAAACCAAGUUACACCAAUCCACGACAGGAAGACGUCUCGUGGUUAGUGACAAU